AUGGUAACAGAACAGAAUUACACAUUCUUUAUAUCAGCUGGGGAAAAAAACACAAGCAUGCAAGCAUUAAAAAUGCUGCACACAAGCUGCUGUGUUCCGUCUGUAUAUUUUCUAAUUGUGUCUUUAGACGAUGGACUGGAAAUCUUAUUGACUCGUUUUACACAACGUUGAGGAAUGGUAUUGUGCAGUGCUGAACUUAGAGCUCUUUCUUCAGGUUCAGGUUCAGACAGCAACACUGACUAUCAAUCUUACAACGCUGUGAUUGAUCAGAAUUUUCCAUGUCCUCUUCUGAGCAAAUCAAUGAAGAAGAAUGACCUGAUAUUGUUUAUCAUAAAGAAAUCACAAGAGUGUCUCCAUGAUACCAUGGAUCUUUUCCGAGUUGAGGCUUAUUUCUUCUGGCAGAUCAUGAAAUUGUUCUGCUGUCAAAACGGAAAACUUUUGAUGUGCGAAGUCGCCUUAAUCCUCUUGAAGGGGUACGGCAUGAUUAGGAAGAAUGCAUCAAUUUUCAGCGAUGCAGUGUUCUAUAAGCUCUGGUGCAUUCCUCUCGCAAAACUCUUAUUCUCCUCUGCACCUGAUGAUGAGCACAGAGAGGCUGUGAUUAAGAUGGGAGAUGAUUUCGCCUCCAAAGGACUGACCUACAUAGCUCAUAUCUGCUACGUGGUGGCGAAAGUGGAGCUGGGCUCGCGUGAACAGUUUCGUCUGGUUGGAUGCAACCGUUUCCCAUUUGGAAUUAAAGUCCUGAAAGAAGCCAUCAUGAGAACCGAGACAUACGAAUACGUGCUGUCGCUGACAUCAGGGGUCGCCCAGCCCAACUUCCAGAUCUUCAAGUUGUGUAACACCAGCAGGCUGCACAUGAUUACACUUAAUGACAUCACGCUUGAGUACUGUGAGGCCAUCGCUAGGGCAGUCCUGUUCUUCCCAGACAGCUUCAAACGGACCUUUUUGCGAAGGGUUAUUAAGCUGUCGUGCAACCUGCAAAAGGAUUUAAAGCAGGGAUCGGAACCCGAGUGGCUGCUGGAGCUUCGGCGUCUGUGCUGUGACAAAUUAGCUGAAGCAAAGGCAAACGCUGAUGAAGAAGCAGAACAGAACUUGCCAUCUACCAGCUCUGAUGUGGCUUCUGAGAUUCAGGAGAAAUUCGACAUGGCAAACAGCCUGGAGUUCUCUGCUAACUGGUUUCCUGGUCUACACCUGCACAAUGACCCCAAGAACUUGUUUACAUCGAAGUACAGAACGGGACAAAUGCUGGGACAGGGAAGCUUCGGCGCUGUGUUCGCAGCUUUGUGUAAGGAAGAUGGGAAACAGGUGGCCAUUAAAUGUGUGAACAAGAAGCGAAACGAUAUGCUCUUACACACAACUGAAGACACCGGCAUGCUUCCUGUGGAGGUGUCUCUGUUGAAGAAGGUGUCCCAGCCACCUUGCUGCAGCAACAUAGUGAACCUGCUGGAAUGGUUUGACCUGCCCGAUGAGUUUAUCAUGGUUCUGGAGUGGCCCAGGCCCUGCAUGGACCUUAAACGUUUCAUUGAGCUUCAGAGCGGUCGUCUGACCGAAUCCCAGGCUCGAGACGUCAUGCUGCAGGUGAUUCAGGCAGUUCAGCACUGCUGUGAGCGUGGAGUUUUGCAUCGCGACAUCAAGUCCACGAAUCUUCUAAUCAAUACCGAAACACUGCAAGUCAAGCUGAUAGAUUUCGGCUGUGGUGACUUACUGAAGGACACACCAUACACAAAUUAUUCAGGCACUCCUACUUUCCGUCCUCCGGAGUGGAUAUUGCUCAAGGAGUAUAAUGGUAUUCCUGCUACUAUGUGGGCUCUGGGAAUCCUCCUGUACAACUUACUCACUGGAGAAUUCCCUUUUAUAUCAGAUCAGGACGUUGAAUCCGGGUACCUAAUAUUUAUUCCCGGUGUGUCUCAAGAUUGCUUUGAGCUGAUGCUGUGGUGUCUGGACCUCAACCCCGAUUUGCGCCCAACCUUCGAGGACUUGCUCGGGCAUGAGUGGUUCACACGGGCAGUUUAAGGACAAAGUCUAGAUUUGUCCUGAAACCCAGAUUUGCAUCCCGCUGUUUUUCCGAAUUCUGAUCUCAUUUCAGCAUGUAAGCUUCCGAAACGCCUAACUGUCUUUGUGCUCCACCAAUAAAGCACAAGGUCACACAAUGGCGGAUGCUUGCUGCUGUUGCUGUUGUGUUUGGGAUCUCCGAAUCUUCAGGACACCAGAAUACUGUGACCGCAGCUGUGUAUCGCUGAGAGAACCGUUCGUCCUACUUCAGGCUGUUUGGACUAGUGAUGUGUUGUUCGAGAUGCUUUGUCGGGGACGAGAAGAGACAAAUCCGGGAGAGACAAAUCUUCUGGACUUUACACCAAGAUCUUGAAUAGCACUAUUUUGUUCUACUGUAUAAUUGUAUAUGUCUAGAAUGACAAUAAAAAGAAUAUAACAUAA